CGCCUGAGGGCAAGGGCAGUGGUCCAGUGCUGUGAAGCUACAGUUAAACCUCCAAAGGACUAUGGCACUUCACGUCAUUGUUGGUCUCGGCGCUUUCGUCUGUGACGUCAUUUCUUACCCUAUGACCUAACCCAGUGGCGUGACUGAAGGUGACCACUGAAUUGUGGGGUCUCCCAAGGCCUCACUGGCCCCCUUACACUCGCAGAAUGGCCUCACCCCUAGGGGAUAAGCCCACUUCGCCCCGGGUGGGGACCGCCCGCUACAAAGAGACUUCGACGACCCGCGUGGAGUCGUCGUCCCACCGCGUGGAGACUUCCUCUCGGCAGGUGCGAACAUCUUCUCGGCAGGUGGAGACCUCCCAGCGCCGUAGCGAGAAUCCCUCACUCUCCCCUUCUGGGAAACGCCUCCCUCACGUCCUCGAGGCGUCCUCCCAGCACGUGGAAACCUCCUCGCAGCGCACAGAAACGUCCUCCCGUCACGUCAGGGCCUCAUCCCUGCGGGUGGAGACAUCCCUGCACUACGCGGAGAGUCUGGCCCGUGGGGACAAGCCGGCAGCCCGCCAGAAGGUAAAAACAACCCGAUGAAAUGCUUCCCAAAGCCCUCGAAAGAGCCAUGGCCCUUAGCCAGGACAGAAUUGCCUCCAGUUUUCAGCCAGCCAGCUGCCAAGUGAAGCAGUCAUCUUUGAUUUCAUGGAAACAUCCUAGAAAUCAAUGUAAGAAAUAGCCAAGCUGCAGUUUCUGGACUCAGCCAACAUUUAUUGACCAUGCUGCCCCUUGGACCAUCCUGCUUUUAACCCACUGAACUAUUUUAACUUCAAGCCAGUACAAAAGGCAGUCCCAUGAUGCUGUGUAAGUUGGGUUAAUGAACAAGAGCCUGUUUGAACUUCCGAACUAGGUGAGUUUUGGAUACAGAGCCCCCCAAAAUUUUACUCCUUGAAACUUAGGAACAGGGACCAAACUGAAAUCAUGACCCACGCAGUGAUUUAUUAUAUGCCUGUUAAAAAGUGGAGGGGCAAGAAACAGACUUUCAUAAAUUACUUAUUGGUGUUUGUUUUUCAAAAUUAUUUCCAUUAUGCUAAGUCUUUGUAUCUGGUACCCCCACCCACACGCUUCUUAGCAUAGGUCAGGUCUAGUUAAAAAUGAAGGCAAACUAUUCAGCAAUCAAAAAUAAUAUUAGAAAGGAAAGUGAGAGGUCAUUGAAACUUUAUCUGAGGUAUAAGGAAGGUGGAGGAGAGUACUAUUUAUUGAAUACCUGCUCUGUGCCAGGCACUACAGAUAUACCUCAACUUAUAAUGGGAUUAUAUCCCUAUAAAACCAUAAUGAAAAUAUAGUAAGUUGAAAAUACAGUAGGAUCUCUGUAAGUUGACCAACCAAGGGACUGUAACAAACUGGUCAACAUAUAGAGGUAGUCAAAAUAAGCAACUAGGCCUACAAUACUGAAAAAUAUGUGUGAUGCAUGACCAGUCUAUGAAAAUUAGGUCAAUUUAAAGAAGUAGUCAAUGUAGGAAAGUGGUCAACUAUGGAAGUUCUACUGUAUAUUUCGUAUAGGAAUUUGGACUUUGAGACAACAGUUUGAUAUUUUCCUCCUUUGCCAGCAAA